AUGAAGAAAAUCUUUGAGAUGGUUGUUAAAAGUAAACCAAGGGGAAAUCUGGAAGAGAAACCAUAUUUUAUCUACCCUGCAGUGCUGAAGGAAAAAAGUUUCGUCACACCAAAGUUGGAUGUUGUUAAUUACACAAGCUUUCCACUAGAUGUUGUUGUCCUCAGCAGUGACGCGGAGAAAAAUGCUCGAAAGAUUUAUUUGAUUGAUAGAGGUCCGCAUGGUCAGAUGAUGAGUCUUAAUGAUCCCCGAAAUGACAGUUGCUGUGGAAGAAAUAUAGUAUUCUCUUUUUAUGCUCUUAAUGUUUCUGAACCAGGUGGUAAUAUAACCUUUGGAUGCGAACCUGGCUGGUACAGAGCUGGUAUUUCGUGCUUUCUGUUCUGUAAAACAUCCACCUUUAAGUGGAGUGAUGCACGGACGUUUUGCCACCGAUCCAACGCCGACCUUGCCGUCCUCAAUGACGCGUCCACGUUGGACCCCGUAGCCAAUAGAAGGAGAGAACUAAAAUUUGACAUUCACGGUGGAAUUUAUCUUGGAUUGACUGUUCAAAGUACUGAUUGGGUCUGGACAGAUGGACAGAUGGUUUCUAACACGAAUAAUCUGUGGGGCCCGGGAGAGCCGAGUGGAGAUGGAAAAUGUGGAACUUUCUUAAAUGCGAUAGGAUGGUCUUCAGACUGGGUUGGUUAUGGAUGGCGAUGGAAUGAUCAACCGUGCAAUUAAUAGUUUGAAAGGGUACAUCUGUGAACAGCCACUUGAUGUUCCUAUGCCAGUGGCAUUUUUUACUCUGAGGGGUGCAAAUGGAACUGUGGACUUGAGUCCAAAUAGAGCCACUAAAGCUAAGUCUAAUAACAUUACGUUUGAGCCUGGACCUUGUCGAAA